GGUAGGAAAGACAGUCAUCUAACGAGGGAAUUGGUCGUCGGAUGAUAACGACAGGGAGAUAACAGCUUUGAAUUGCUCUUAAGAGCUCGUCGUUCGUUUAGGGCAAACUUUCACUUCAUCGUGGUGUUCUAGCUUUGCGCCAGACGAAGUCCUGAAACACACAAAAAUGCCUAAUAUAAAGAUUUUCAGUGGUAGCUCUCAUCAGGACCUGUCCCAGAAAAUCGCCGACCGCUUGGGCCUUGAAUUGGGAAAGGUCGUCACCAAGAAAUUCAGCAACCAAGAAACAUGUGUGGAGAUUGGGGAGAGUGUGAGGGGUGAAGAUGUGUACAUCGUGCAGAGCGGCUGUGGAGAAAUCAACGAUAACUUGAUGGAGCUACUCAUCAUGAUCAACGCCUGUAAAAUCGCCUCCGCCUCCCGCGUCACUGCUGUCAUCCCCUGCUUCCCCUACGCCCGGCAGGACAAAAAGGACAAGGUGAGGGAGGCGAUGCUGAGCCGCGCUCCCAUCUCUGCCAAGCUGGUGGCCAACAUGCUCUCCGUUUCCGGGGCCGACCACAUCAUCACUAUGGACCUGCAUGCCUCUCAGAUACAGGGUUUCUUUGACAUUCCAGUGGACAAUUUGUAUGCUGAACCUGCAGUGCUCAAAUGGAUAAAAGAGAAUAUUCCGGAAUGGAAGAACUGCACUAUUGUCUCUCCGGAUGCCGGAGGAGCUAAGAGGGUGACCUCCAUCGCUGAUAGGCUGAAUGUAGACUUUGCCCUCAUUCACAAAGAGCGAAAGAAGGCUAAUGAAGUGGACCGCAUGGUUCUGGUCGGAGACGUGAAAGACCGCGUGGCCAUCCUGGUGGAUGACAUGGCCGACACCUGUGGCACCAUCUGCCACGCCGCCGAUAAACUGAUUUCUGCAGGUGCCACCAAGGUUUAUGCCAUCCUAACCCAUGGCAUCUUCUCCGGCCCUGCCAUCUCGCGGAUCAACAACGCCUGCUUCGAGGCCGUGGUCGUGACCAACACCAUUCCACAGGAGGAGAAGAUGAAACAUUGCCCUAAGAUACAGGUCAUUGAUAUCUCCAUGAUCCUGGCUGAGGCGAUCCGCAGAACUCACAACGGAGAAUCGGUGUCCUAUCUAUUCAGUCACGUCCCUUUGUAACACACAUCCGUCUAAUUACUGUGCUACCAAAAAGAGGGAGACCCUC